CGCCUGCUCUAUCCGGAUCUAGCUAGCUACAUUUACCUCUUUGCUCCGGCCCAGUUGGUCAUCCUGAAUCCCUUCGCCUACUUUGCUCUCGAGUGGCAUUCGGUGCGGGAGAAGGCUGCCAUCGAGGCUGCCAUUAACGGAGGCACCGACCUCCAGCCUGGUGGGAUUUCGAACGCACGUCCCUCCUUCCUCACUUGUCUUCUGUUCUGCUACUCCAUCUUCGCAUAA